CAACAAGCACAUGCCAUAUCUACCAACCAAUCCCGUGAUGGGGAGCUAUAAUGUACUUUGCUGUAAUCCUUGAGUCUAAGAUGGAGUGGAAAAGCAUUUAUCUAACAAAAUCAGUGAUUUUCCUUGGAUUUGUUUUGCAGGCUUUGAUAGUACCGGGGCAAUGUUGCAAAAAUAUAGACUUAGUUCUUGGAAUACCCAAUUCACUACCCCCUCAGCAAUUGCUUGAACUGAAGAAAGCAGUCAAGACAUUUACUUCCAUGUUCCACGUGACAAAUAGGUUUAGUCACAUUGGAAUAGUGACGUAUAACGAUGAUGCMAAUCUSUACCAGCCACUCGAUCAAGACUACUCUCUGGAAAAUGUUYAUUUAACUAUUGAUAGUAUUCCAGCAUCUCCCAGCUAUGGUUUUAAUGUUGCUGCUGCAUUAAGGGUUGCYGCUGAUCACGCAUUUACAAUAUAUGGAGGCGUGAGACCAUCUUACUCUAAAGUUAUGGUUGUUUUUCUACCAAGUACAUCGACAAGCAGUACGAUGGAGAACCAAGCAGCUGCAAAUAAACUAAAGAGCAUUGGAGUGCGUUUAAUGGUUUUAGGYACAGAAGRCAAUUCMUCUCCGUUCACCUAUUCUACAAUUGUCUCUGAGCCUCUUUCUGAAUUUCUGGUACUCAAGAGAAAUUGGGAGUCCAUAUUAUCAUCAUCAUYUGAAAUUUCUCGGAGUCUCUGCAAUAAAACUGCCAUAAAGCGCUGCUUCAUUCCUUUUGAAAUGGUCAUAGCUAUYGACAAUUCGAACAGUCUCACACCAGACGAAUUUGAUCUAAUUAAGGUGCUUUCCAAAAAACUCAUGACUUCUUACGCCAACUCCGAAAACAAUGCUCAUUUUGGACUAAUGACCUAUGAAAGCACACCACGAAAAGUAACAAAUGGAUUUCGACGUUUUCGAAGUCAAAACGAACUGUAUACAUUGAUAGAUGAGCUUCCACAAUCUAAUGAUCCCCGCAGAAGGGUUGAUCUUGUACUGAAGGCUGCUCAAAAGGAUUUCUUCAGUAUGGAGGGYGGCACACGACGUGGGCAUCCAAGGUAUUUGUUAAUUGUUACAUCUGGCGGAUCUUCAAAAGUCUCGGAAAGUUUAAGGGUCUUCACAAAGGAAUUGGAUGCUCUUGGUGUUCAACGAAUAGCUGUUGGGCUUUAUAGUGACGAAAGAACAGUGAAAUUCCUUCAAAGCCUUGCAUCAGAAAAUAAGCUGGUAUUUACAGCAAACGGGAAAGCAAUUGUUCCACUUGAUGAUAUAAGACGACAUAUGGAGCCACAUAUUUGUAAAGAAAAACCAGGGCUUUGUCCUCUUCCWGAAGUGAAGGAUGCAGAUGCCUGCAUUUUGCCAAUCCCAGAAGGACUUAUACCAUGUGGUCCUUCAGCUGACAAGUCCAAUMMGCAACAAAACGAUUGGGACUGCCCUGGAGAACUCAAGUGUUGUUUUCUAGACGUCGCGUCAUGUCAUAAGGUGUGCAGGUAUCCUAUCUCAGAUAGAGUGGGGACAAAAGACCUUCUUGUACUUAUGGAAAAUACUGACGCCAUUGGUGGCAGAAGAGCGUUUGAUUUGUCCAAGUCAUUCGUUCAAGAGUUUAUUGGUGCUUUUGAUGUGUCAACUGAGGGGACYCAUUUAUCGCUUGCAACCUACGCGAGAACAGUAAAAACAAAAUUCAAAUUCUCUGACAAAGCCUCUUCUGAAAAUAAAGAUCAGGCCCUUAGAGAAAUAAAAGAUCUCGAAUUUCAGGGAGGUCCUCCGGGAAACACAACAGAAGCUCUACGAGUUGCACAUGAUUUGCUGCAUCCCAGAAACUCAGCACGUUAUAAGAUGAAUAAGACUGUGCUAAUGAUUGGAACAGGACAGGUCAAACACAACUAUUUAGCUGCCUUAUAUGGGUCUAGAGUUCGUUCAAAUCUGGCCGAUGUGUUUGCUGUGACUCUAGGUGAUACACCUAAUUACAAAGCACUACGAACCAUUGUUUCAAUGCCACAUGAUAAAUCAGUCUUCACUGUAACGUCAGCUGAUGCGAUGAAAGCACAGUUAGGAAGGAUUGUUGAAGUUGCAUCUAUCGGAGCUAUAAAGGACCGUGUGAGAGUUGCGAACGAAGUCACCAGAAUGGCUUUCAUUGAUCAUGGAUUUUUCCAAGUGAUAUGAAUUCAAAGUUAGUACAGUCAGGUGCUUUUAAUAAAAGCGCGAAAUUUACUUMUACUAUACUAGUUUGUAGAGUGUUUUUCAUUAACCCGCGAGAUAUACUUCAGUGUACUAUAAUUAAUGAUUAUAACUUCCUUGUGAGGAUCGGGCAUUAUUUCUUCACAGGUAGSCCAAGCUCAGCAMUAGUCGACUUUUCUGUGAAGGUCUUAAGKCCGAUUUAGACAGUACAACUUUUGUCUACAACCA